CGUAACCGUUUCAUGCGUAAUUUUGCACCGGGUAUUGGAUGCCGCGUGGACCAGUAUUAUUUUGGCGAGGGUGUCUCUACUGCUCACCCUCUUCCCUGCAUCCCUUGUUGUCCUCAACAGCAGACACGGAUUCAUUCAGACGGGGGCUAUCUGUAUGCAGCAACAUUUUAAACAGACCAGGACCUGUUUUAAUGAAAGCCCACAUCGCUGUAUCCCGGUUGAAGCCUUCAAUCAGGAAUGCCUGCGAAUGCUCCAGCUGCUCUCCCAUGCUGUUCUCUGAGAAUGGGAUCAUAGUAAACCUCUCUGGGAUUUAGAUCAACUGCUAGCAUGUUGCAGCCUUCCACCAGAACAGGUGACAGCCUGUUGGAAACAUUACCUCAAUGGAGUAAGCGUCCGAGAUGGGGCCUCUCCCUCACCCUCUGCGUGGCUCUCCUCUGGCUUCCAGGGGCAACGGGGUCUACCCUAAACUGCCUUAAGACGUGCAUCUGCGCCUCAAACAUAGUGAGCUGCUCCAAGAUGAAUCUGACCACCGUCCCGACAGGUCUACCACUCUACACUGCCGUGCUGGAUCUCAGCUAUAAUGAGAUAACACGGCUGCGAUCCGAGUGGACCCCAGUCAAGCUCCUGAAGCUCCAUAACCUCCUCCUCAGCCAUAAUGGUCUCCACUUCCUGUCUUCAGAGGCCUUCAUAUAUGUGAAGCACCUGCGCUACUUGGAUCUGUCCUCCAACAACCUGCGGCUGCUGGAUGAGUUCAUCUUUGAGCCUUUGGUCAACCUGGAGGUCCUCUUGCUCUACAAUAACCUAAUUUCCCAGAUUGACCGCUCAGCCUUUGUUGGCAUGAGCAGCCUUCAGAAGCUCUACCUUAGCCAGAACCAAAUCUCCCGCUUCCCUCUGGAGCUGGUCAAGGAAAAGUCCCACCUGGAGAAAAUUAGCCUCCUGGAUGUGUCCUCUAACAAGAUCAAGACGUUACCCCUUGAUGAGCUCCAGGGGCUGCCUGCUUGGAUUAAAAAUGGCCUCUACUUCCACAAUAACCCUCUGCUGUGUCACUGUGAUCUCUACACACUCCUAGCACACUGGUACAUUCGAAAGCUCAACUCUGCUGUGGACUUCAAAGAUGACUACACAUGUAUUCUGCCUGGUCCACAAAAAACCCAAGUAGGUAUUUUUGAUCUCAGCGGUAACUAUAUGAACUGCAGCACAUUUAAGGAGGCAGAUGAAGAGGCUUUUCUGGAGCAAACGGUGAUCCUCGGCUGUGACACCAAACACAGGGAAAUGUUAAAGACCUGGAUGAUGCCUGGUAAUGUGGUGGUGACACCUGGAAGUAACCACACAGCCAAAGUCUUGAGAGAUGGAAGUCUGCAGAUUCAUCCAGUGAGACCUGAGGACUCUGGGACCUACACUUGCUUUGCGACGAGCGAGGCCUUCAAUGAGACAAUCUAUGUGGUGCUGAAGGUUCACAAUUUCACCAUGAACGGGGGCGGGGACACCCUGAACACAGCGUACACCACCUUGGUGGGCUGUCUGGCCAGUGUGGUGCUGGUGCUCAUGUACCUUUACCUAACGCCGUGCCGCUGCUUCUGCUGCCCCAAUAAGGGAAAGGCUCGGGGUGAGGACAGCAUCCACUCAUCCAUGCUCAGUGUGACACCUACCCAUGAGGACCCAGCUCUCAAGGCCGAGCUGAACAGGCACGUGGCGUUCAUAGACUCCAAGGACUUGCAAGGCCAGAACGGCAAGCUGAACCCCAAUGGGGAUGAAGACGAUGAUGAUCUGGAUGCAGAGGCUGGUUCUCUUAUGAAGGGGAAGAGGAAGAAGUCAGUAGCAGAGUCCAUCAGCUCCGUCUUCUCAGACACUCCCAUGGUGGUCUGAGAUGAAACGAUGGAUGCCACAUGACUGGAUGUAUACGGUACAACGUGAGCCAUGUGUGAGUUAAUGUAAUCUGUGACUGACCUUGUGGUAGGAAAUGGAGGAAGGAUGCUCAACUGUGGUUGCUGGCAAGUGGAAAUAAGGAUCUCAAAGGGAGUAAAAAAAAAAACUGACUUGUUGUCGACAAGGACAAUAAGCAGGACUUUUCCAGCAUUUUAAUCUGUAGCACUUAAUAUUCAUACUGUGAAGGAAUGGCAGUGUACAUGGACAGUGGAAACUACUGAAGUCUUAUGAGAGCAAAACGCAGACGAUAUAUUGUUAAUAUCAGCACUCAGGAAGUGAUAAAUUAAACAUCUAAAGUAUGACAAAUACAUAUGAAACAAUGCACGGGAUGAAGAUUUGAAAACUUGCAUAUUGAAACCAUGUCUGGCUCAUAAUUAUAUUUAUUACAAGGACUAGAAUAGAUUGCAUCUUACGUAAACAUUAGAGAAAAGAUACAUUUACCCCACCUCUAUCAACACUGGGACAUAGAUUUAGAUAGACAGACUGCCGUCACCAGGCUAUGAAUACAUCUGUCAUUAGCUUUGAGUCAUCCAUAGAGAAACAGCAUGCCAUUAUAUGAGGUCCCAGACUGAUCUGUAUGAGUGGGAUAAAGGAAAUGUGGAUUCAUCAGACAUUUAGUCAUUUACAUUGAGAAAGCGGUAGCACAAACAUUAUAUUAAGAGGCCAUUGCAGGUCAUUCCCAUCCUACUUCAUAGCCAAUACUUAGUUGCACUCAGAUAUAGUUCAUCAUAACAAUUGUUAUUCGUAUUCAUAGUCAUAUGUGUAGCGAUAUAGGAGAUUGCUAUUUUUUCCUUUGCUAUGUUAAGGGAUCAAUUUACACAGAGGCAUGGUAUAAAAUAGUUAAAUAGCUUGAGGCAGAUCAUUGUUUAUAAAUUAACCGUAUAUCAAAACAGUUACUUCUUAGUUAUUGCACAUCUACAGAAUAAACCAAAAGAUACAUUUGAAACCUUACACAGUUAACAACAUGGAGCGCCUCCAGCAGAUACACGUAAGGUACAGGGAAGUAUUUUGUCUUAACUGUUCAUCAACAUAUUGUUUCAAUUCCGUAUACAGGCAGGUACCAUGGUCCUUACAAGGACAAAUAGGCUUCUGUUAGUUGUCCACUGAGGUGAAACUCACUGCAGAGUUUGACUCCUCCUCUUAGCCAAGUUAUAGCAUUUGUUUCUGUCAGUCACACUAGCACACUAGAAGUUAAAUACCAAGUGAAUGUGAAAGCUGCGAGCUUGAGUUUAAUUUAGUCUUUCCUGUGUCGUAGAUUUAAGUAUUUAAUAUUGAAUUUAGCUCAGAUCGACAAUUGCCAGUUUCACCCUGAAAUAAAAUGUAGCUGCCCUGUGGUAGGUAGAAAAAGCUGUAUGUUGUUAUUAGCGGGUAAACAUUAGAGUCUGCCACAUAACAAAACCUACAGGGUUCUUCCAGAAGAUGAAGCUUAUGAAUAAUUAUGUAUAAUAAAAUAAUAAUGAGGCUGCGCAUUAUCUGACAGGAGCGAGCUGAUUUUAGAGUUUGUAGCUACUGACAGGAAACCUCUAGUAAAACCCUCAGAAGAUCCUUUUUAUGAGUAUAACUGAAUCUGUUGUGAAUUGAAUUUACCAAGCGAGACACCUCGUGUGCUGUGCAUAUUUCCUUAACAAGGUUUAAAACAGGAGACUGUGUCUCUGCAUAAACAAGAAUGAGUGAUUUCAUUAAACUUCGCGGCGUUUGUGUCAUAAUGAAACUGGGCUAGCCUGGUGUAAAUGCUAAUUGCAUCUUUUGAUGGAAUGCGGCUUCUCUCUGCUUUCGAUGCCUUUGUCUCUCUGAGCAGGAGGGGAAUAGGUGUGUUAUCAUGAGUCACAGCAGCACAACACCAUUCUCUCUGGCUCCCUGUACACCGACAGCCUCAAUUCAGCCCAGAUGUGUUUGCUUUGUUUGUGUACCUCUGUCAUUAAGAGGCUGCCCUUACGUAAGUUCAAAAGCAAUCAUUUAGCCAGGCAAUGAAUGUGAUGCCCUUUAAGUAGUCUGUAAUUUGUUUAUGAGGGAAAUGCCUUGAGCUUUCAUUGAACAUUUGCUCUCCCACUGAGACAUAUGAAUGGAAAGUAUAAUGUUAGAAAUUUACCCUUAGUGCUUUAUAGUUUUCUGGUUCAUCCAAUCUCACAGUACAAGGCAUAGUUAUGUAAAAUCGCAUACAUCUUGCAAUUAAAUGUCGGCAUAGCUCUCAAAUGUUAAGAUGUACACAUUUCUGGGAGCAAGAAGUUUUUACGCAAAAUUGAUGUUAUAUUCACAGUUGCAGUGUGCACCGCAGCAUCUCCUGUGUGGGUGAGAAAAGGAAGUCACACUUAUCAGAGAGGUGGUGUGUGAAUCAUUCCAUUCCUCACACAUAGGAAUACCAGGUGGAGAAAUAGAGAGCAGCAAAAAUACCACAAGAUGCACUUAAAUAAAGCCACAUUUACCACUACUGCUGACUGGCUGCAGUUGGCGAAAAAUCUGUCCAAUUUUAGGGAUUAGGCUCUAUGUUUUCCCCUUCUAGAGGACCUGGACACUUAAGGAAUCCUGAGAAGCUACUAAAUGCCAGUCACACAAUCUGAAAUGGCUAACUAAAAUACACAGAUAUAAUGGCUGUUGAAUAUCAUACAUUGAACUGCCAGCCCAUCAAGGAAUAGCACGUGUUUGCCCAGCAGUAACCCAGUGUCAAUCAAGUUAAAUUUGCCAUGGCUAAUGGGUGGUCUUCUUCUCUGGAUUGUCGCUCAAAAUACAAGUUGCAGUUCUGUACUGAGAAAAUCUAAGUGCUAUUGUGAAGGUCCUAGAAGAGUGGCUUUGUUCUCUCCAAAGCAAAUCUGCCUUCCUAUAUAUAUCUAUAUAUACAAUAUAUAUAUGUAUUAAGACUCACUUUUAUGUGUUCAGUAUUGAUUAGUUGUGUACUGCUAUGUUCUACCAGUGUACUGACUUUAUUCUUGUAUAAUCUGAUGUUGUUGAUCAUUUUGCAUUUCGUCUGCUGCUGUGCUACUGUUAGUUCUUUCAACA